CUGAGCCUUAGGUGUUGGCAAUAGCAAGAUAGCAAGAGCGAGGAGUUAGGGUGUGGUAUGUGUGAAAGCUAUAGGGUUUUGUAAUUAGGGUUGUUAUUGAAUUAUUGAAGUUGUGAAGGUUUCGAAGAUGAAGGGAGUACUGUAUUGUCAUUGAUGUGAAGAUAAUCUUGCAGGAAGAUGCAGUUCAUGUUGCUGUUUAGCCGACAAGGCAAGUUGCGUCUCCAGAAAUGGUAUGUGGCCCAUCCAGACAAACUUAAGAAGAAAAUCACAAGAGAAUUAAUUACUACAAUUUUGGCCAGGAAACCGAAAAUGAGCAGUUUCCUUGAAUGGAAAGACCUGAAAGUGGUUUAUAAAAGAUAUGCCAGUCUCUAUUUCUGUUGUGCUAUUGAACAAAAGGACAAUGAACUGUUGACCCUCGAAAUUAUUCAUCGUUAUGUUGAGCUGCUAGACAAAUAUUUUGGUAGUGUGUGUGAGCUCGAUAUCAUCUUCAACUUUGAGAAAGCAUACUUCAUCUUGGAUGAACUGUUGCUUGGGGGAGAGAUCCAGGAGACAAGUAAGAAAAACGUCUUGAAGGCAAUUGCAGCCCAGGAUUUGUUACAAGAGGAUGAAGCAGUCGAAGGGGCUCUGAGAGAGAUAGGGCUUCUGUAGUGCGACCUCAACUCUAAUCUUCAAGCGGCUGGCCAACAGACACCUUGUGAAGUCACAUCAGAGCACUUCUCCCAAUUCUGUUCUCAUCCUUUGAAGCCUGAAUGAAACUUAUCUAAAUAAUAUUUGAGGAUGCAGUUUCUGCCUUACAGAGAGCAAACUGAAUUUCCAUUACAAGAUGAACUGGUUAAUUCUGUUUAGGGAAAUAAUCACUGUUUCUUGUGAACAUCAUAUGAAACAUGCAGAUAUGAUUUAUGGGCAGAGUUAUCUGGGCUUUGCUUUGUGUCCCUUUGUUGGGCACCAUAAAGUGAAUGGUCGUGAAGUUAGCUCUAUUUCUGAACUUUAUGGUGGGAAUAUAUUUUGAAAAACUGCUGAAUUUAUUUAAACUGAUGUGCAUCAUUUAAGAAGACAGAGUGACAACCUGAUGAAGUUGGUCUGCAGGUCAGUGAAAGCUAAUUUGUGUACAUACUCUUUCAUAAAGAAGAGUUACAAACCUGCAGCAAUAGAAGAAUUUGGAAAAAGAAAACAAACAAAAAACAUUCAUUUAUAUAUGCUAUAUGCAAUUUUUAUAAUGAAAAUAAUUUGUCCAUAUCUUUUAAAUUAGCAAUAAUGAUAACUGACAAAGAGUAAUAAAUUUCCUUCCAGCCCAGCAUUAGCACAAAGGCAAUAUCAGGGAAUUGGGAAGUUUGUCAGCAGAGACAUGUUGGUUUGUUUUGGAAAUGUUUUGUAAUUGGACAGCAGUGGAGAUACCUACAUUCUAGAACAGAAAUUUUAAUGGUGUUGCUUUGGAAGUUAAUAUUGCAACCAGUGUUACGGAAAUUAUUUGCAUUUUUGCAGUAAUGUUUGUGGUUCUUGUGGCACAACUUAUAAGCAGAAUGUCUUCAUGCCUUAUUGUCAUAAAUUUCAUAUAAAUAACAUACAGACAUUCAGGCCAUACAUCACAGGAAAUAACAUCACAUCUCCAUGACAAUGACCAACUGGUUAAUGCUACUUGGGGGAACCAUACUGAACUCACAAAUAUACUGUGUGUGAACAGAAUGUGGAGUUUUUAGUAUGUUAAAGCAGGCAGUACGUAGGUACCACUGUGCGUUAAAAGACUCCACACAUUCUAGUGUAAAAUUCUGUGCGCUUCAUUGGCUUUGAUGUUUAUUUAGUGCAAACAUAAUCUGUAGUUAUAAAGAUAAUUGUGGUACAGAUACAGCACUGCACAUGCAGUGCUUGAAUUUUGUUAAACAUGUACCAUAUCGAUAAAUCUCUCAGUGAAUCACGUAAAUUUCAUGAAAUGUUUAUUUUGCAUCAGUACAGGUUUCUUAUAGAACGAAAUUAUUUGAGAGAAUUUGAGCUUCAUGUAAGGGUCAUGUUAGACCAGUGCAGAUCAAAUUAAGUUUACCAUGCAGCAUUUAUUGUAGAUUGCCUGCCAUUGCCAAGUUUGAUGUAAAUAUGUCGAGUAGUUUCAGGUAUGAUACAUAUGUGCUGUCAGAUAGGCACAGCUUUCCCCUUCCUGCAUUCAUUUUAUGCACCUUCAACGAAUGUGUGAUAAUAAUUAAGAUGUUCUUGUCUGUUCAGAUUCAGUGUCUCGGGUUCCCUUUGCUGUCUCCACUGCUGGGCUCUAGUCAGAUCUCUUGCAAGCUGCAUAGUUUUGUAAAGCAGCAGCACAUACACAUGUUGGUCACUUGCCUCUCAGUGUCAUUGUACCAUACAUUGCUUGCUUACUCAUGAUUCUUUAUGUCCGAUUGCUCUCUUCAUACUGUAAGAAAUUUUUAUAUUUCCUAACUUGUGUUCAUUUUUAACAAAUUUAAAUGGAAGAGAUGUUAUUUAUGAUAAAAGUUGUUGCUAACCAUAUUCAGGGUGCAAGAAUUUUUGUGUGCAAUGAAAUAUUCCAAGGUCCAGUUGUAAACAUGGUUGAGGAAUGUGGUUUUGUAAUAUACCUACCAGAAGUGAGUUAAAAUAUCUUUAAUGAUGUGUCAUCAUCAUAUAGUGACAUAGAUUGUUAUGUCGUCAUUAAGAAGUUACAGAAUUCUGUUCUCAACCUACAAUUGAACCAAAAUUUCCACAUGGGAGAGCUCGUUGAAGACGUGGGACCUGUUCUCUAAGGUUCCCUACACGAGGUGUGGCAUACUCUCAGCGGUAUUUCAGUCUAAGUGUAUAACCGUAAGUUUCAUGCAUAAUAAUGUGAAGAGGGUCUGAUCCUUUGGUUUCUGUGACCUGCGACCGACACGUAGCUUGGGUGCUGGCAUCAAGUGUCAAACUUGUUCCAGUGCAGAAUCCAUUGUCAUGUUUUACAUGAAGCCUGAAAUAUAUAUAGUGAAAGAAGGGAGAAAUUUUUCUGCAGGUUUUCAGGCAGGCACAUAUCUGGAUAUCAGUAAUGUAUAUUUUAAAUAUUUUCAGAACAUUUUCAUAUUUUUAAUGUAAUGUAAUUAGUCCAUUACAUUCCUGUGAAACCUACAGUGUACCCAUCUUCUGGGACAUGACGCCGUACGUAUAGUCUCAUACAAGUUCACAGAUGUUUUGCACAGCUGUACUGUCUGCAAAGUUCCCUCCACUGGUUGCCCAGCUUAUUCUUGGACUCCAAAGAUGGGGCCAGUACUUUCUUCCAAAACUUUGGUGAACUUGUACCAGACUACAUGCAUGGUGUCACAUCCCCAGAAGACAGUAGUACUGUUAAGUAAUGUGUUACGUUUAUGCAGGGUCAGGUAUGUUUUGAUAUGGCUGAAGUCCUCAGCUGCAAACCACGCCUCUUCCAUGUUCUGGGUUUCUUGAAAAUGUGACUAUACAGAAACAGUUUUGAUGUUUCCAGUAUGUUUCCGUUUGUACCCUGUCAUGACAGCUUGUAGACAUUUAUUGUAAUUUUAUAGAACUGCUGAAAGGUCGACACAUUUCCAUUUAAAGUGGAUAAUUGCUUGUUUUCUUCUCUGUGUUAAUGAUGUGUAUACAGUGCCAAAUUGCUGUUUCAUAGUACACAAGAAAAUGUACAUUUUAUGUGUUGAAUUUAAAGUUUUGACAAUGAUAAAGCAUUUUAUGUAUUUUAUAUUGUAAAAUAUUUUUUAGACAUUGUGGCAGUAAAUAAUAUAAGAUCAAUUGAAAGUUUGACACACACCAUUCUUAAAUUAUUUUAAACACAAUAAAUAUACUGGGAAAUAAAUUACCUUUUUCAGAAUUUACUUGUAAAAUGAUUGAUGUCUGUGACUAUGUGUUUAAAUUUAAAAUAUUUAUAUUGCUGGGAAAACAUGGACAUUGGUCUAAUAAAGCCCGUCAUCUUGUUCACUCA